AUGGCGUUAGUAGAAAUUUCAGAUUUCAAAGAUUCAAGAUCACCAAACUACCAUUCGCCACCUCCAUCUUGGCAAUUUGUAAAUUUCGAUCGUCCUGAAUCACAACACUUUACAGCAUUGCAAGAAUCAGACGAGAAGAAGACAGCCAUAAACAUACUGGUGGACUUGACGGGAGAGUGCAAAAAGGCUGCAACUAUUUUGGAUGAGUUUAUCAAGGGCAACAACAAGGUCGAAAAGAACAUUAUUCCGCCUCAUGUCCUCAUGAAUGCAAAGGGUCUGGCCGUCAUCAGUGUUCUAAAGGCUGGCUUCAUAUGGUCUGGUCGUGCUGGAACUGGAUUGGUUGUUGCUCGGUUACCUGAUGGACGCUGGUCUGCACCAUCCGCGAUCGCCGUCGCUGGUGCUGGAUUUGGAGGGCAAGUCGGAGCCGAACUUACUGAAUUCGUCUUCAUUCUCAAUACUGUCGAUGCUGUCAAGGCCUUCUCACAUGGCACCAACGUUACAUUGGGUGGAAAUUUAUCUGUUGCAUUGGGCCCUGUUGGUCGAAAUGCGGAAGCGUCUGGGUCAGCUCUAAAUCUAGCACCAGUUUUCGCUUACUCAAAGACUCGUGGUCUCUUUGCCGGAAUAUCGAUUGAAGGAUCUGUAAUUGUGUCCAGACCUGAAGCCAAUGCCAAAUUCUAUGGUGAACGAAUCACUGCCAAACAAAUAUUGAAUGGAUCUGUCGAGCCCCCGGCUGCAGCUGAACCGUUAUAUAGAGCCCUCAACUUCAGGUUUGGUGGUAAUAAUAACUCGACAGCAUACAACUCUUCCGGCAUGUCAUACGCUACCGACUCUCAAUAUGAUGCACCAGCUCCCUCUGGAUUCUUGUCUCAACUGAAUGCUGGUGGAAUGGCGGGAGGCUCGGUUGCUAGUGCUCCCCCACGCACAUCUGGUGGUUUUGAUCGCUCGUCUGCUAUGACUGUUGCUACGAGAGGAGGAGGAUCAAACUUGGUUGUCGCCUUGUUUGACUUUGCUGGUGAAAGAGCUACAGAUUUACGAUUUGCACGUGGUGAUGUUAUAGUAGUGACCAAGAGAACUGAUUCAAAAGAUGAUUGGUGGGAGGGACGUGCAAAUGGUAAAGAGGGUGUGUUCCCUGCAAACUAUGUUCGACCGGCUGAAUGA